AUGGGAUAUCACCAGAACCAAGCGCAGUUCGACCGUGCCAAAUGGCGGAAGCGGUUCUUGUUGCCGUGCUGGGCCAUACAGAUCUGCCUGUUGAUGGCACUCAUAGGCAUCUUCUCGUACCGGAUAUCAGAGACGGUUGCGCACUACGAGGAGAAUGACAAGAAGGGCAACUUGCCCGUCGUGGAGAUGGUUUGGGAAUGCACCAACAUCGGCCUCUCGCUCUUGUCGCUACUCCUCAACACCAUGGAGGUGGCCAAGAUGGUCUCCGAGACCCUGACGCCGUUCUUCAUGCUCUUCACCCACACCAUCAAGCUCACCAGCGCCGCCGCCAUCCUCGCGCUCGACGUUGUUCAGUUCCUCGCCCGCGGCAGAGACAUCUGGUCGACCACUGGUCUGGCAAUCGACAUUGGCUUCAUCGUUGCCACCCUCAUCCCCACUAUCUACGCCUUCAUCACCUUCCGCCGCCUCUCCCGCUACGACGACUACCACCACCCCGUCAACGUCAAGGCCUACGGCUUCAGCAACGACGAGCACGUCGAGCUCGGGCACGCCGUCGACAUCCGCGCGGGCGGCCCGUACGACCGGCACCUCUCGACCGAGUACCACUCGCCGCAGUCGCGCAGCCGCUCCGCCUCGGCCGCCUCGUCGGUGCCGACGCUCAGCUCGCUGCGCCGCAAGUCGACGGGGGGCCCGACCGUGACCGUCGACUACGUGGCGGCCCCGAUGGCGGCGCGGCGCGAGAGCUACGACCACAAGCGCGACACGCAGUUCGAGGAGUACGUCUCGCGCCGGGCGUCGGUGCACCUCAAGGAGGACAUUGACCGGGCCGUCGGCGCCGAGUUCGGCUGGGGCGGCGGCGCAGCCUCGUUGUCCUCGGCGCGCAACAGCCUCGACCGGUCCGACAGCGUCGUCGUGGGCGGCGGCGUCGUGGCGAGCGGGCGCCCGCGCGACUCGGUCGGCCGCACGCGCAGCUGGGCCAGCGAGCAGGGGCUCGUGGCCGUGCCCGAGGAGGAGUUCGACGACAACAACCCGCUGCUGGACCAGAACCGGCGCCCGUCGAGCGAGGACGAGAGGGUGCCGCACCCACGGCGUCUCGACAACGGGUCCAACGGCCAGGACAUGAGCAGGGCGGUCAGCCCGCCGUCGGCCGAGGUGGAGCUUGAGAACAGGAAGAGGAGGAGGGAUCAAUGA